AUGUGCUGUCAAAAAGCGAAAUGGAAAAGAGAAAUAGUUAAUGAUCAUAAAUUUGAUUUUGUAUGCGUAGAAGAUUUUAAAGUGCAUGAUACAUUUAUAGGAAUAAGAUACUUAAUAUUAUAUUUAACAGUAUUUAAAGUUGUAUUAGUUUAUGUAGCAGAUUUAUGGACAGCAGGAAUUUUAUUAAUAUUUGAUAGUUGGAGUUCUUCUAUAAAACCAACUAUACCUUUUACUUACUCAAAAUGGAUUUAUGUUGGAUGUAUUUUUAUAUCAUUUUUAUUAUUAGCUUUGGAUUGGAGAAAGGCUAAGGCUAUUAUAGCUUCAAGAGAUAUUAGUUACGCUUUUACUAGUACUAUAACUUCUAGGUAUUAUGCUUUAAAAAGUUAUUCUCAUUUUUGUUUCUUUUAUCGAAUAAAAAGACAAAGUAAAAUGGUUGAUAAGAUUGCUUUUUUCGUAUUCUUUGCAUUUAAAGGUUGGAAAAGAUUGAUUUUUGCUGAAGCUCCUCGUCAGGCCAUUAGCGCUAUUACACUUUAUCCAAUUAUUAAAACAAAUAUAACUAGAGAUUGGAUGAAUUUAAGUGCAUACGGUCAUAAUACAGUGGAAAGACUUGCAAUGGCAUUAAUGGCGUUCACAUUUUUAUCUUUUGCGUUUUCAGCAACAAAAUUAAUUGUUGCUUUUAUAUUAUAUAUUCCAUUGUUAUUUCAUAUUAGAGGAAAUUUAAAAGAAUAUUGUUGUCAUAAAAUUGAUAAAAGGAUUGAAGGACUUCUUAUAAAGAAUUCUCGUAAACGUAGGAUAAACCAAAGAAAAGCUGCUGCGAAAGGUGAUCUUAGGAAGAAAAAUAAGAUAAAAGCAAAUAAUUCGAGACAACCUACUUUACCUAAUGUAGAAAAUAAUACACUUACUCCACCAUCAAAUGUUCAUCAUAAUUCAAGGUUUGCUGAACGUUUUGAACCAACUGCAAUGGCAUAUAGACCUCCAAAUCAAAUACCUCCAUAUUUAAAUGCAUCACCUUUACCUCCACGGGCAAUUCCUCAAGAAUAUUUAUUUAAUUCAAGGUUUCGUUCACCUGAAUCUACUCAAGCUCGGUUCCAACCACCACCACUUACAAAUCAUGGUAUCCCACCAGCACGAUACGUUCCACAAAAUGAUUAUUAUUAA